AUGACGACGUCAAGCCGUUUCUACGAUUCGACUCCACAACGAACGUUCAGAAUUAUAUGCGAUGGACAUGAAUUAUAUGCAAAUGGUGGCUAUCUGGCCGCUAUGAGUAAUUAUUUUCAAACAAUUUGUUGCGGUCAAUAUAUUGAGUCCUUAAAUCGGACGGUCAAACUCCCGGAUGUCCCUGUCUCAGAAAUGGUCGAAUUUUUGGAUUAUGCUUGUCCAAAUGACGAGAGCUGCGAACGAGAAACACAAAUAACAGAAAAAAACAUUGUCGUCAUUUACACACUUGCCGAUCGUUUUCUCUUCCCGUCCAUUCGGAAAGAGGUUGAAUGGUUUAUUAAACAGCGAAUUCACCUUCAAAAUUCAUUUUCCAUCGACACACUGCUGGAUUUGGUGAUGUUGAUGAAGGAUAAUCUUUUUGAUAAAACAGUGAAGCCAAAGUUGUUCCAUAAGCUGGCGAUAUUCGGGGUUGAAGCCGUUGGGAAGGUGCUGAAAGGGAGGGCGGAUAUUGUUGACCAGGAAUUCAUUUUGAAGACGAUGGGAGAACAUGUGGAUUUUUGGACUGGCCGUGCCCGCGACAUGGGCUGGGGAAUCUGGGAUUUCGUUCUCGGCUACAUAUCCCUUGAAGUCCGAACAAUCUCUUUCGACCCGAAUGUCCCAUGUGGAGUCUGGUCUUGCGGUGUGGCUAGGAUUGAUGCGGAAAUUUCUGCCCGCGGCAAAGGUAGCAGAGUCGGAAACCAUCGAAAG